AUGCCGCUCAUCGGGAAACCUCGAAAAGUUCGAUUUCCGAACGCACAAAAGCCCAACCGUCCAACCUCGUUCAUUCCAACAGCCACCAUGACUACAGCCGUGAACACAUCUGACUCCAACCAACCGCGCCCGGGGAUCCCGGCCUUGUUCACGCAGGCGCCACCCAUCCGCGACCCGCUCAUCACAGAGACGAUCGAUCUGCAGAACGCGACCCUGGAAAAAUGCCUACCAUUCCUGAAAGGCAUCCACAGCACCCAGAAGGAUUUCAACGACCAUGGCGUACCCGCCCUGCAACGUGAUCUCCAUGCCAGCUACCUCUAUGAUGCUCUCGAGGAUUAUCCCGAGGGAUUCGUCGCCAUGGAUGCCAGCCGACCGUGGAUUGUGUACUGGGCGUUGGCGGGACUUGCCAUGCUGGGAGAGGAGACGACUCGAUUUCGCGAACGUGUGAUCACUACGCUUCGGCCGAUGCAGAACCCCACAGGUGGCUUUGGCGGCGGCCAUGGUCAGACAUCCCAUCUGGCGGGCAGCUAUGCAGCCGUCCUGUCGCUCGCUAUAGUUGGAGGCGAGGAAGCCUUCGGAUUGGUGGAUCGACACGCGAUUGGCGCAUACUGCGCUAUGACUCUUAUCUCGCUACUUGAUCUGCCGCUGUCGCUUGCUCCGGGAUCUCAAGCGCGGGAGGCUGGAUUGGAGAGUCUGACGAGUGGUCUCCCUGAAUAUCUCUCACGAUGCCAAACGUUUGAAGGAGGUAUCUCCGGUAGCCCUGGUUCAGAGGCCCAUGGGGCAUAUGCCUUUUGUGCUCUGGCGUGCCUUUCUAUCUUGGGAUCCCCCGAGGAGAUCUUCAACAGGUGCGAGACUGCUCUAGCCCAGAAUGCUCUCAUUGAUUCUCGUAUACUAAUGGUUCCUGGCAGACACAUGGACAUUCCCAUGUUAGUAUCAUGGUUGUCUGCACGCCAGUCCACCCCAGAAGGUGGUCUGUCCGGACGAACAAAUAAGCUGGUGGAUGGGUGCUACAGCCAUUGGGUUGGUGGAUGCUGGCCAUUGCUUGAAUCUUCUCUAGAGGGGAAGCCGGAUAGCACCGAGCCACCAGCCAACAGUCUUUUCAGCCGCGAAGGUUUAACCCGAUACAUCCUUGCAUGUUGUCAAGGAAACGACGGUGGUCUUCGUGACAAACCGGGCAAACAUGUCGAUUCAUAUCACACUUGCUACGUCAUGGCAGGAUUGAGUGCGGCUCAAAACCAUCAUUACCGGACAGACUCAAGUGUCGCAAGCAACAACUUCUCAUCCUCAUUUUCCUGGAAGUCUUCACCAAGCCGCGACCCGGCCAAUGUGUUUUCAAGAGGUGAUCGGCUAGAGCCAAUGCACCCUUUGUAUGUGAUCCCGCACAAAGCCGCUGAGCAAAUGCGGCUCUGGUCCGAGGCCCGGCCCCUCACUGUCUAG